ACACGAGGCUUUCUGAACCUCUCUCCUUCUCUCGACCAGAAAUAAAACACCCACAUUUGGUCGGAAGUAGGCCACCAUGACGCCGCGCGCACUGUUGCUGCUGUUCCUGAUGUGGCUGCAGCUGCUGCUGCGCGCGCGCACUGCCGUUCCACCGAUUUGACUGAGAGAAGCGAGCGCGAGCUGCGGAAACGGGGGAAAGAGGAGGAGAAGCAGGAGGCAGGCGCGAGAAGGCAGGAAAGAGAGAGAGAGAGAGAGAGAGAGAGAGAGAGAGAGAGAGAGAGAGAGAGAGAGAGAGAGACUGACUGCUCGCGGACGUGGCGGCUCCGGGGCUGAGCGACGAGCCCGCGCGCUGGAGAGAGAGAGAGAGAGAGAGACCGGGGGAAAGCAAUGCACCGGGGAAACUGCAGGAUCCAGAAUCAGGGAAGACAUCAGCAGCACUGGCAUUAAAUAGACUGCUAAGGGAGGGAACUGGCUGACGAUGGCCGAGCUGGAGACGGAGUGUAUCGCGUUAGGCCUGAACGCUCUGGCCUCGGAAUGUAUGUCGCCUGCUCUGGAGCCGCUGCGUGCCGAGUGUGUGACCCCGACACUGGCCAUGCUGAACACGCUGAGCUCAGAGAUCACCGAGCCGACCGCCAUGCUGCCGUGUGUAAAGAGCGACCCGGACCUUGAGCUGGUACCGAUUCGCACCGUGGACGUGUCCCAAAUCCAGCCCCUGAGCACUGCGGAACUGGGAUCGGAACACGUCCGGAUGGAGAUCAGUGGCCUGGAGUACAUCAAGUCAGACCUUCACUCGUUCCACGGUGCCGAGUUGGACUCGUAUAAGCCGAGUUAUGAUGCCUUUGACUAUGUGUCUCCUGACAACCUGGACUACAUCAAGUCGGAUCAGAAUUCCGACCUGCAGUGUUACUAUGCAAUGGAACUUGAGGCUAGCAGGUACGAAUAUGACUCGACGCUCGCAUCCGAGAAGUCUGAGACUUCGGACACGGCGGAGUCAAACGUUCUUGAGUCUAUCCGAAUGGCGGAGCUCCGCACUGAGCUCAACAAGCUUCGCCCUGACGCCGUUAUAGAAUUUUCGUCCGCUCACAUGUACGACAUGCAGUCUGCAAAUGCAAACACAACAAACCCAGACACUGCGAAAGCAAAAACACAACCACGCAAACCUCGCAACCUGACAGGCGAAAAGCCAUUCUCCUGCACACAAUGCGGAAAGAACUUCAGCACUCUGGGAAACCUGAAGACGCACCAGCGAAUCCACACGGGUGAGCGGCCAUACUCCUGCUCACAGUGCGGUAAGAGCUUUGGCCAAGCGGGCAACCUGAAGAGGCACCAACUGAUACACACGGGUCAGAAGCCCUACAACUGCAGCUUCUGCCCCAAAGGUUUUACCAAGGCAGACGACCUGCGCUCGCACCAGCGCAUUCACACAGGCGAGAAGCCGUUCACCUGUGAUGAGUGUGGGAAGGCCUUUUUCCAUUCCAAGGAACUUAAGACACACCGUCUGGUACACACAGGUGAGCGGCCUUUCUCCUGCCAGCACUGUGGCAAGGCGUUCACCAAGGAGGCGAGCUUCCGCAAUCACCAGCAGAGCCACACGGGGGAGAAGCCGUACCAGUGUUCCCAUUGCGGAAAGAGCUUUGGGAACUCUGGCGUGCUCAAGACUCACGAGAAGAUCCACACUGGGGAGAAGCCGUUUCAGUGCACGCAAUGCGGCAAGAGCUUCGGCCGCCUCGGACACUUAAAGGCACACCAGCAGAUCCACACUGGCGAGAAGCCGUAUACGUGCUCGCAGUGCGGCAAGUGCUUCAGCCAGUCCGGUCACCUCAAAGCACAUGAACAGAUCCACAAACGAGAGAAAGCGCAAUAACCGAGAUCGAGUGCAGCUAAAACGUAAUGGAGCACAGGAGAAAAAGCAAAAUGUUAAUGUUCCUAAUAACGAUAACACAAACACAUAAAUAAAAUGGUUUAAUGUACUUAUUUAUGAAUGCCUAAAGGCUCCAAAUGGUUUGAUUCUUCAUAUGUGUAUCUGUCAGUCAACCACAGAGGGUGGGAUCAGCUGUAGUAGAGACAGUUUGGAGUACCUGCUUACUCAGUGGUGGUCAGACUGGUAGCCCCAGGAUGUGCUGAAGUUGUAGUUUCCCGGUGGACAGGACUUGUGAAAGUUUAUUUCCAUUCUGCAAGAAGAGGAAGGAAUAACCGGUUUGUUUAAACUUCUGCAGGUGAUUCAUGUGGUCCUUGGUCUUGUGAACCACCUGAAUGCUGUACCUGUAGUCCAGGACGAUGCUGGUGCUUGUAGGCAUGGUCUGGUCCUCUGAAGGUCCUGCUACCCCUUAGAUACCUCAUGUUUAAACAGGAAGUGUUGAGCAGAACCGAAGACAUGGCCAGACGUGAACAUGUUGUGAGUAGAGGUAACUACAGGUUCAACCCUCACGCUGUACUCCAGUAGAGACAUAAAUUCCCUAAGAAGUCAAGGACUUGCUCAUUACCUCUGUGGGGUAAUGGUACAUCCUCAUUCACAUCCCUCAUCAGUAUUAAUGCCUUGUUACUUAGGUUCCUGUGGAACCACAGGCACAUGGAGCUCUCACUCUGACAGUGGGCUAAUGAGUAGAUUUAUGGUUUGUUCACUAGAUCAAAUACAUUUACAUGAAAGUCCAGCAUGGCAUCUGAUUGGGUAUUUUGUUUGCGUGGGUAGAGGCAGUUCUGUGCUGAGGAUACGUUUUGUUUAGGGCACAAACAUGACAGAAGUUAAUUAGAUCACAGAUCAUUUCCUCUGUCGACUUCUCAGGCUGUUAAAAUGACCAGAAAGGUACAUGUCCAGGACCAAAAUAUUUUGUCUCAGCACAUUGCCUUGCCAUCGAUGUUUCGGAACCAGUCACAAGGACGUACUUCUUGACAGUAGGUCAGGUGGAACCUGAAGCCUAUGCAGUAACAUUAGCUGAUGUUAGUAAAGCUAUAUUAGCAACUCUUAUUACACAUCAGUACUGUGAAUGAACUGAUGUUAGUGUGAACAGGGGCUCUGAGGUGCAGGAGAACAUCGGGUUCAGAGACAACACUCGCUAAACCUGGGACCAUCACUGAUCCCACCCCGUGGGCAUGAUUGACAGAUGACAGAAAAGAAUAAAUAAAUAAAUAUAUAUAUAUAAGUAACCUCAUUAAUAAAAGACUUUUACGGAUGAACGUUAAUAUAUUGAGUUUGUCUUCUAUGCUCCAUUACACACACCUCUCAAAGUAUUAUCCUUUUUUAAAAAAAAAAAAAAAACCAAGAAAGUCUACAUUAUAUAUAAUUAUAUACGUUUUCAUACCUGUUUGUGACUGAUUUGCUAUUAUGCAAGUGUCUUCUUUAUUAUGUCGGGGGUGGGGUCAGGGGUGGGGGUUGCUGGUUGAAAUGUUUCGUAUCCGUUUUAUCUGUUUCUAUCUGUUUUAGUGACGAUUUCUUUCCGUACUCACCAUGUACACGUUUAUCAAGGAACCAUGUAAUUCUUUUCAUCAUGUACUGGAACGAGUUAUUAAAGAAACUAAUGAAAAGUGAAAGUGUUUCCUUUUUCAGUUAGGCCACUCCUCAAAAGUGGACCCAUCCUCACCUGGCUGACCGCUGGUCACUGUAUGCAUCAGUAGAGCUGUAUGUGUGGAUGAGGCAGGUCUGGAAAGUAGAAGGGGUCAGGGACACUGAGAGGAACAUGUA